AUGGGACUCAAUGCUGAGGAGGCUUUUGAAAAUUUUAUGAGCACUGGUCAUGCGAGUGCGGUGGAAGCGUGCCGUGAGUUUGAACAUCAAUGGGCAGAUUUUUACCGUAGCCAGUAUUCACGGGAUACAUCGGAGCUGUCACCGGAAGACCAACUAUUGCAGUCGCGUCAGGACGACGACGAAGUAGAUGUGUUCCGCAACUACCCACCCUCGGACAGUGAGAGCAGCGACAGUGAACGAGAUUUUGAGAUGGGUGACAUUCCGCCCGAUUCCAUCAUGGAUCCCGUAGCUGCUAAUUCCCUGAACACUGCUCGAGAAAUCGUUUUGACAGCUGCGAAUUUGCCUACGGGUAUCGACUCGAUGGGCAAAAGCUACCCCUUGAUGAGUUACGAGUUGGGCGUUCCUGCUACAAAUGCAGCCACCAGCUUUAUCGAGCAAAUAAAUCAACCGCGUCGCAAUACAGUACCCAGCUUCCCGACCGGUACCACAGAUUUUCCCCAAGCAUUUUCCGAAACAUCAACGAGACUGGCCAAAUUUGACGAGUGCUUUGCACCAGUCCCAUGGAUCGAUCCCGCAACACGUACAGCUUCCGAUCUGCAAGAUUUCCCUACCAUUAAAUAG